AUGACCUCAGAAGCUGACGGGAACUGCCCAGAGCGCAAAGACUUUGUUGAUGCCAUUGAGUAUUUAAAGGACCCAUGGAACCAAGAGAAACUGCAACACCUGCUGAGUUUUGAAUCCUGGAAGAGAUUUGUGGCUGCAGCCAAGCUGUCCAGAGAUGAGGCUGAUGCACUCUAUGCAGACUUGAGCCAGCUGGAAGCACUCAUGGCCAUGGAAGACCAGGAGAAUAGGGAAAGGUUUAUGAAGGCGUUUCCUCAGGUGAAACAGGACCUUGAGGAUCGCAUACGAAAGCUCUACGCACUUGCUGAUAAGGUUGACAAGGUGCACAAGGACUGCACCAUCACCCAGGUGGCGGCCGCUUCCACCGGCACUGCGUCUGGCAUUCUGUCCAUCGCUGGCCUGUGUCUGGCACCUGUGACAGCAGGGGCUAGUCUGGUGCUUUCGGCAACUGGGGUGGGACUGGGGGCAGCAGCUGCUGUGACCGGUGUGACUGCCAACAUCGUGGACAUGUCAAAGGAUGCCUCAGCAAAAGCCGAAGCCAGCCGCCUAGCGUCAACUGGCAUUGACACAGAGAAGGUGGGCGAGGAGGCUGUAUGUCCCACACGCGAAAUUGCUUCCUUAGCACGGAAGUGCUUCCAAUCCCUGGAAUAUAUUGUGAAGAAGGCUGAUGUCCUCAAUGCAGACGAAUCCAAUUCUAUCAAAGCAGCUGAGUUCUCAGGCUUUAAGCACAUGGGGGCAGUCUUAGCUCAAUCCCGCAUCCUGGGGCAGGUUUGUAGAGGCUCUACUCAGACCAUAAGCAGAGGAGCCAGGGUCUUUGGUGCAGCCACGGCAGGUUUAUUCCUUCUCGCGGAUGUAGUGGACCUAGUGAAAGAGUCAAUUCACUUACAUGAAGGCGCAAAGGCUCCUUCGGCGGGAAAUUUGAGGCAGCAGGCCCAGGAGCUGGAGAGGAGGCUGGAAGAACUCACCCGCAUUCACAAAAGUCUACAGGAGGACCUGACUCCGUGA